UAACCAUCACACGCCAACACAAGCUGAAGCACUGUCUACUCCACUAGCUAGCACCAUUACUAGCUUAGCUAGAUCACUUCACCACUUGAGCAAUGGCUUCCAACAAGAUCGCUCCCCUUCUUGCCCUGACCCUCCUGAUCCUGUUCUUCGGGUGUGCAGUAACUAACUGCACCGGCAAGCCAGUUGCCCCGACGCCGCCGUCGCACGACGAUCACGGCCGCUGCCCGAUCGACGCCCUGAAGCUGAGGGUGUGCGCCAACCUGCUCAACGGGCUGAUCGGUGUGAAGAUUGGGCGCGGCCCAGACGAUUGCUGCCCGCUGCUGGCCGGUAUCGCCGACCUCGACGCCGCCGUCUGCCUCUGCACCGCUCUGAAGGCUAACGUGCUCGGCCUCAUCAACCUCAACCUGCCCGUCGACCUCAGCAUCAUCCUCAACAAGUGCGGCAAGAACUACCCGUCCGGUUUCACCUGCUAAUUAUUUGAGCUGCAACAAUAUUCACUAGAGUUUAUGUGUCUCAAUAAGACGAGUUUAGUUUCGUGCAAUGUCUGUCUGUUGACGCUGUUGAGUUGAAUAAGCGUCUCGCGUCUGUUUGCAGGCAGUACUCGAUCGAUGUAUGUCCAGUUCUACCGUCCUUGACCACCUGGUUAUUCUAACUUGUAAUACCCAUCUUAUAUAUAUUAGAUCGUUUUUAUCA